AGAUGACCCAUACACUCUACGUUCACGCAGAAAGUAGAUUGUUGAAGGAUGUGAGAUAUAAAUACUUGUUCGUAGUGUUUCGUUGCACGUUUGGUCGUAAACGUAAAUCAGAAGGUCUGAAUGUGAAUAAAAAACCGUCUAAAUUUUUAAAUUGCCAAUCGAUGUUUCGCGUAAGAUUGGAGGGUCAGCAAUACGUUAUAAAAUCUUACAACAUGUCUCACAACCAUCCGUGUACUAGUUCGUGGAUGGUUUGUGAUCCGUUGAGUAGACGAUUGUCAUCAGAAGAAAAAGAAAACUUGAAACCAGUUAUAUUGCACUGUCAGUCGACGGACGAAGUUAUCGAAAGUAUUAAGGAAAGAACAGGUAAGCAGGUGACCGCUGCUGAUGUCAAAAAUAUGAAAGCUGAACUCUCCACUGGUAAGUGUAUAUAAAUAUAUUUCAGGUUGGACUCGGAAGCAGGUAUUGCAGAUGAUGCGACAAAACGGUGAAGUUAGAGAGCAUGCAGAAAAUGGAUGUAUUACGGCGAUAUGCUUCAGCAGUUAUGAUCAGAUACGGCUGUACAAUCAAUAUCCCGAAGUCGUGUGUAUUGAUUCUACUUAUAAAAC